AUGGAGUCAGUAGUCGCCGUCCACACGAACGAGGGCAGCCCAGCAGCGCAAUCUGCUCUGGCCGCGCUCGCAGCCACUCUGAACAUCAACGAGCACGCGCUGAAGACGGCUCUCAAUGGCGCGUUCGAUCUACUGCCCGCGGCCGCAGGUAAUGCAAUGCUUGCGCUGCAAAUGAGCUUUCAACGGCUGUCGUACCACAUUGACAGCAAGGCUUUGGUCGAGAUUAUCAUGACAUUUCGACGAGAAUUCGGCGGCGCUCUGAGUAUGGAACGAGUCAAGUCCAUGGGCCGUAUUCAGAUCAAAACGUACAUAUCGGUCCUCCGCGGUACUCUGCCCCAGGUUUUCGAUCAUCCGGCGAGCCUGUUGGCCUACACUAUAACUUCCCGGUAG